ACAUGGUUCAGCUGCUGACACAGGAUGUUAAACUUCCGAUAUCCUUUUUUGGAGUUCCGAUCUGUUUUCCUGGAGAGAAAGACGUAUUAACCGCCUCCUUGUGCACUCACUGCACUCCUGUAAGCAGCCACGAAAAGUGAGCCAACGGACGAUUUGAGGAGCCAGGGAAUUUCGAGAAGAGGACUCUUUGGUGCAUUGGUGACGUGAUCCAUCACAGGGGAUUUUGUUUUGCUUUUGACCAGUUCCACAAGACUUAUUUGGAGAUUGAAGAGGACCUUCUUCUUAAUUGUUUUGGAAAAAUACUAUCACUGCUCCGGACUGAAAAAGUUUGUUCCCCCAUCCCUCCCCCAACUCCAGUCCCUUCGUGCAUCCAGACUCCUGCAGGAGGGGCGCAACAGAAUUCCACUUCCACAUGCUCUACAAGCACUCGGCUCGUUAACGAAUUGGAUAAUGCAGAAAGCCAGACCAUUACAUGACGGUCAUGUGAUUUAAAAAUAAAUUAAAAGUCUAAUAAAAGAAGAAGUGCGCGCUCUCGACGAAGUGCAGCAUCGGCCCCAGCAUCCAAUGCGCGUCCCCGCCCCGGUAGAGGCUGCCCGAGAUCCCGGGAAGAGGAGUUGGAGCUGCGCGAGUUAAAGUUGGGCUAAAAGGGGGGCGAGAGGAUGCUGCAGAACAAUCUACGAUCAUUUUAACGUAGACGAUUCGGAGAAACGUGCACUAAGUGAAGGAUGACUUGCAAAAUACUGAGCAUAUGCCUCUUAUUUUUGGGUUUUCAACAUUGCUCAUCACGAGAAUGUGUUGAUCCGCUGGUCUCCAGCCUCUACGCCUCCUCCUUCCUGGCCUCCUCCAGAUAUAACUUUCUUUACUCUGCCAAUUUUGCGAAAUUGUAUGGCAGCAGUGGCUGGUCCCCAUCCCAGAGUGACAGGCAGCCAUGGCUGCAGGUCGACCUGGGCAGGAAGUAUCGGCUGGUGGCCAUCGCCACCCAGGGGACCUUCAACUCAUAUGACUGGAUCACCAAGUACACCCUGCUCUAUGGAGACCGACCGGACUCCUGGACGCCGUACAUCAUGAAUGGAGGCAACUCUACGCUUCCUGCGAAUUGGAAUUACUAUCAGAUUAAGAGGAAUGUCUUCCAUUACGCCUUCACUGCUAAACACAUCCGUCUGCUUCCUCUGGCGUGGAACACAGAGAAUGGGGGGAAGAUUGGAGUGAGGCUGGAGCUGUUUGGCUGCUCUUAUGACUCCUACGUACUGCAGUACAACGGGGACGACUCGGUGGUCUACAUGUACCCAGAAAAGAGAUCCCGUACACAACACGACCACAUUGCCAUCAACUUCAAGACCCUGGAGCAGGACGGUCUGCUGCUACACAGUGAGGGGAUUCAAGGAGACCUCUUCACCCUGGAGCUGAAGAGAGGCCGACUCUACCUGCACAUCAGCCUAGGAAGUAGUGUAAUACACAAAGUUGAUGGUCGGACGACACUGACUGCUGGCAGCCUUCUUGACAAUCUGCACUGGCACUAUGUCACCAUCAAGCGCCAAGGUCGACAGGUGAACUUCACCGUGGACAGUCACACAGUCACAGCCAUCUGCAAAGGAGAGUUCACACACCUGGAUCUGGACACGCAGUUAUAUGUAGGUGGAGUCAUAGAGAAAAAUUUGCCUCACCUGCCCACUACACCAAAUUUCCGGGGCUGCCUGGAGAACGUCUUCAUCAAUGACGUCAACAUCAUCUACAAGGCCAAGAGAGAAGAACCUGAAAUCCGCAUUCCACGAAAGAAAAAGAUGCAUUAUGCCUGCAGGGACAUGCUGCUCAAACCGAUGACUUUUGCCGGGCCCAACAACUUCCUGCAGGUGCCGGGCUACUUCAGGAAACCACGCAUGUUUGUCAAGUUUAAGUUCCGCUCAUGGGACUACACAGGGCUGCUAAUGUUCACUCGAUUUGCUGAUGACCUGGGCGCCCUGGAGCUGGGACUGAGUGAGGGACAGAUCAACGUCACUAUAUUCCAACCCGGGAAGAAGAAACUCCAGUUUGCUGCAGGCUACCGGCUAAAUGAUGGUUACUGGCACACCGUGGAUCUGGCAGCCAGAGACAACCUGCUGACCCUCACGAUUGAUGAGGAGGAGGGCUCUCCACUUAAGAUCACCAAUCCCUUCACAAUACAGACAGGAGACCGCUACUUUUUUGGAGGUUGUCCAAAAACCAAUAACACAAUACGAAAGUGUGAGACCAAGCUGAACCGCUUCCAUGGUUGCAUGCAGCAUAUCUUCAUCGACAAUGAACAGCUUGAUAUGGAGAUGAUUCUGCAACGGCAGUGGGGGCGCUAUGCUGAGUUGUUGUUGGGCACUUGUGGCAUCACAGACAGAUGUAGUCCAAAUCCAUGUGAACAUGAAGGCAGAUGCAUCCAGUCCUGGGAUGAUUUCAUCUGUCUGUGUGAGAACACCGGCUAUAAAGGAGAGGUGUGUCACAUGUCGGUUUAUAAAGAGUCAUGCGAGGCCUACAGACUCAGUGGCAAGUAUUGGUCUGGAAACUACACCAUCGAUCCUGAUCUCAGUGGGCCGCUGAAACCAUUUGAAGUGUACUGCAAAAUGAAGUCAUAUAAAGCUUGGACAGUGAUCCUGAAUGACCGUGUGGACGGUACAAAGGUGUCUGGGAGUUCAAUAGACCGACCAUACAUAGGAAAUGUCAAUUACUGGAACGCCUCCUGGGAUGAGGUCACAGCUCUGGCCAACACCUCUUUGUACUGCGAGCAGUGGAUCGACUACUCCUGCUACAAGUCCCGUCUCCUUAACACUCCAAACGGAAGACCUUUUGGUUUCUGGAUUGGCCGUAACAAUGAGAGUCACUAUUACUGGGGUGGAACAUUCAGAGAGGUCCAGAAGUGUGGCUGCGCCAUCAACCAAACCUGCACCGAUCCCAAGUUUCAAUGCAACUGUGAUGCCGACUAUAGACAGUGGUACUCAGAUAAGGGCUACUUGGACUUCAGAGACCAUCUGCCCGUUCGGAAGGUGGUGGUCGGGGACACCAACAGGACUGGCUCGGAGGCACAAUUCACCGUCGGGCCCCUCCGUUGCCAUGGCGACAGAAACAUCUGGAACACAAUAGCCUUCACCAAGCCCACCUACAUCACCUUCCCGACCUUCAGGCCCGGCUCCAGCGCUGACAUCUCCUUCCACUUCAAAACCUAUCGUGACCACGGCGUGUUCUUGGAGAACUCUGAUGACCAACUGCGAAACUUCAUUCGGCUAGAGAUGAAUUCGACCCACAACCUUUUGUUUAUAUUCAUGGUUGGCGAUGGCAUCGUUAAUGUGACACUCCGCUCCCCGGUGCCACUCAAUGACAACGAGUGGCACUUUGUUCAAGCCGAGAUUAACGUGAAGCUUGCCCGCAUCAAGGUUGACUAUCAGCCUUGGGCCGUCACACGUUUUCAAGGUCAGACUUUCGUCAACAUGAAGUUUACGCAUCCUGUCCUAGUAGGUGCAGCCAACCGCACCCUGAAACCUUUCUUGGGGUGUCUUCGAGGAUUGCGGAUGAACGGUGUUCCUAUUGAUCUUGAGGGGAAAGUAAAUGAAGAACAGGGUAUAAGGAGGAACUGUACUGGGCAGUGCCUCAAUGCUACCAUACCAUGCCGAAACAGUGGCCAGUGUAUCGAGGGCUAUGCUGCCUACACGUGUGACUGUAACAACACAGCGUUUGAUGGUUUCUACUGCCAUAAAGACAUCGGAGCCUUCUUUGAGGUUGGCUCGUGGCUGAGAUACAACAUACGAAAGAAGCCUAUAACCAACGAAGCAGUAUGGGCCAACUGGAUCGACCCGCAUUUCGACAACUUCAGCCUCGGCUACAACGACACGGCAGAUGACAUCGAGUUCAGUUUCAGCACGGUUCACACACCAGCCGUGUUGCUCUAUAUAAGCUCCUUCGUCCCAGACUACAUUGCCAUCAUCCUCAAGAUAGACGGUAGUGUCGAUCUGAGGUAUAAACUGGGGCUCAUAACACACAAAUUCCAGCUGACACACCGAAACCUGGCAGAUGGAUACCCCCACUACGUCAACAUAACCAGACACAACAGAACCAUUAAAACACAGGUGGAUUACAUGGAGCCCAUAGUGGAACUGAUAACCAUAGUGGAGGACGCCAGGUUUGACUCUCCCAAGUCCAUGUUUAUGGGCAGAGUGAUGGAGGUUGGUGACAUUGACUAUGAGAUCCAGAGGCAUAAUGCUCCCGGCUUCAUCGGCUGCAUAUCCGGGGUAAGAUACAACGUCUACGCCCCGUUGAAGGCCUUCUUCCGUCCAAAUGAAACCGACCCCCCGGUAACGACACAAGGAUAUGUAUCGGAGUCCAACUGUGGCGCCUUCCCUCCUGUCCUGGGUUAUGUACCCUGGGAGGUAGACCCCUGGUUUACUACUAUAGAGUAUAUUUAUAUCCACGAUGACCUAGGCCUGUUUUGGAUAACAGUCAUUGUCAUCCUGGCGCUGCUGCUGCUGUUUGGAGGCAUGUACAGCAUCUACGUCUACACGUACCAGCAGAAGGGAAGCUACCGCACCAACGAACCCAAGAACCUGGACUCCCCCAGCAGCUGCAGGCCGCUGACGGAGACCCUGAGGAGGGAAAAGAAGAACCUCCCGCAAAUUGAGGAGGAGUUCAGGAGCGACUAGCGUCACAGGACCUUUGGGACAGUGGGUUGGGGAGAGGGAAAUAUUGCUUUCGACAACCGCAGAUACCUGUAUUAAGUUUUGUAAUUAUUUCAUUCUUGAUUUUUCUUCCUUUUGUUUUGGUUUGUGUUUGUUUCCCAGGGUUGAGUGGGAUCAGAUGCCUGGUGCUCUACAUAGUAUGUAUUUUGGUAAGGCUUAAAAGUUCACAUCAAGCCCCAUGUUGCGUGAGUAGCCAACAAGUCUCACGCUGUGUUGCAGGGUGAAAUACUGAAGUGCCUCAUCUGAGCGAGCUUGAUCUGAAGUAACAUUAUAGCGCAUUCAGAAAGAGUAUACAUUAGACACUCGUGGGAUCAGGAUUUAAGGGAUGUUUAGUUACAUUUAGAACAUCAGUUAAAUAUAAUCUAACCCUUUUUUUCAAUUUUUUUCCUGAGCCACUUUCAAGAUCAAUUAAAGCUAAACAAUAUCUUACUGUAUAUAUCUAUUGCCAUCUAAGAUAUACCUUUUGAUGACAAUCUCUAGUGGAGCCAUUUUGGGGAUUUGAGCAGAAAGCACAUCUGUGAACUAAACCAGUGCAAAACCCCCCCCCCAAAACAGAAAACAAAACUGGUGUUCCUGAAUAAAAACAUCCAACCGAAGGGAGAGCGCACUGACCAGCAUGGAGCUUUGAGAUGAUGCAUAUAGAGAUCGUAAAAGGUACACAUGCUUAUAUUUGUUGGAUUGCAGCCUAUAACAGUGCAUUACCUAUACAGAAUUGGCACAUGUAAGUGGUUCAGAGUAGCCAUCGUCUCAGUAGAUAGCGACUUUGCCCAUCACAGUAUGCUCAGAUUCCUAAACACAUCCUCAGCUACGAGAAAUGAGAGUGUGAUGACAUGUAGACACUCCUCCUGGUGCCAGAGCUAACAGGCUGUUGCCGUGUUGCAGAAAUCAAAACAAUGAGGCGAUGAAGCCCAGCUGGGACCGGGUGACCUACAUAUCAUCUUCUCAUUCCUUCUGUCUUAUUUCUCGUCGCUUGUAACGAUGGUCAAGCUGCCAAUAGCUCGGUGCUAAAGAGAGUUCGACGCGGCACACGUGUCUCACGAGAGUAUAACGAAAUGAUCGGUCUUCUCAGUCACUUCAUCCUUGGUAAUGAGCAUCUUUCAGGAAACAGCUGCUCCCGGUGGCCCUGUGGAGAAGCACACAUAUAAACACACACACACACACACACACACACACACACAUACACAGUAACUUAUGUACAGAGGACCCACAAGUGUAAAUGCUAAUCUUAUACUUCCAACUCAUACUGCUCCAAUAUUGUUGCAUAUUGCCGUAGGACAGUUAGCCGAUCAUGCCGUCAACACCACCACCACUUCCACUUCCACUUCCACCGCUGCUGCUUAUAGCUGCUUUCAGCGGAAACAUCUACCUGUAUUGUCCAAUAACUCACCGCAGCGCUCCUUGAUACUAAAGCACUCUUGUGUAGGCCCAUGAGGAAGUAUGAGUUUGAGGAAUAGUAACACAUUUGUAACAUAUCAGCUAUGCAUUUGUAGAGCAUGACCGCACUUUGCAGUAAAAUGCAAUAAUAUGAGCUUUUUUCAGCCUCUAAUGGUGUAAACGUUUAAUUUGCAGAUGCACAAUAGCAAGUAGGAUGUAUUGAGUGUAUACGUGAAUAUAUGAAUUAUGUAUUAAGCGAUUUUUAAAUUUAUUCCUGUGGUUUAUGAACAGUGAAAGGGAGUGCUUUGAAUGUAAAUCCUCUGACUGUGUAAUGUAUGAGCGGACGCUACAGUGAAGACCUUGCUCAAGUGUUUUCAUUGUCGGCUGCUUAGCACUGAACGUAAACUUAUUCACGGUAGCUUUUUGGAACGCUCAGGAUAAAGAAAGUACAGAACAUGUUCUCUGUAGCACGAAUACACCUCCAAAGGUCAACCUUGUUUGUUUCUUCCAAUAUCUAUAUAUGCAUAUAUAAAUAUGGGCAGAACUGUGCAACAUUGUACAGUGAAAGGAUGUAAAAACUGCAAUUAGCGUAAAGGCACUACUUCCUAACUGUAUGAAAAUGUAUAGAAUCGCCCAAAACUGGCUAUAUUUUUAAGAAAGAUGCAAAGUGGUGAAUGAUAAUGAAAAGUGAGCAAACGGAGUGAAACUGUUGGUUUGUGAUCGACACCAAGAAUAGUUUGUGUUUUUGUUAAAUAGACAAUCGCCGCUUAAAGCAAGCCAACACACUUGGGCCAAAUAUGCUUUGUUGCCUCUUCGUAAAGAGUAGCCUACUCAUGUGUCAUAUAAAUGUAUACGCCUCACUCUACUCAUUGGUUAACGGACCUUAAAUAUUAGGCCGAGCAGUGUCACGUCAUUUGCCACUCACAAGUUAAUCCUGCGUGGUCCCUGAGCGUGUGUGUGUUGUGUGUGACUGACUGGAUGUCUACAUGUUUGUGUAUUCAUCGUUUUCCCACCAAGAUACUAAUUUUAAAUAACCACUCUCUUUAAAAAAAACAAUCAUGUGCACUGAUGCCAACUUACUUAUCGUCGUGCACCGACCGGAGAGGAAUGAGACAUAAACGAGGCCUGCGUGUCUCUCUGAGUGACUCCUCCAUGUUCAGGCUUUAGUUGUUUGUAGAUUUCCAGCACAUUGAAUCUGUGCUGAUCGGAUCCCACGGAGAGGGUGUGAAUCAAAAGGCCAGUAGAGGGAGUCAGGAGGAUGUUGCUCGCACACUGAUUUCUGCUUAUUUCACCAAAUGUGUAACUUUUUGAGUGCUGCUUUAUGCUUCCUAGUUCAUCCUAAGAUUAACAUCUGAAUUAAAAUGAUAAACACACUUAAAGGGGCAUGAAGUUAAAUCGGGGCGAUGAGAAAGUUGUGAUUUGAGACUAACUUUAUUUUAAGUAUAGCCAUUAAAAUACUUAUAAAGGCCGUAAUACUUUUACAUACGUAUGAAUCUGCGGAUAGCCUGUGAUAUCAAACAUCAUCCGAGGAUGAAGCACCAGUGAGUAUGAGGCAGGUCAGACCACUCCUCUGCACCAUCAAAUCCUUCUGGUACCAGACAUGAUCAUCACAGUUGUGUUUAUGAUCACACUGAAAUGUGGGAGUUUUCAUGUUUCCUCUGUUCUUAAGUCUGCUUGUUUUCCUUUUGUAAUACUUUCACUGUAAAUGACCAUUACUGUGUAAAUCAAGGCAAAGCCAAACUCAAUAAAAAAAAGCUUGAAGGAAAUUGUAAAUCUGUAA